GCACCAUUUGGUUUCUUCACUUGUCUGUCACUGAUAAGGUCACUUAUUCCCGCCAUGACCAGUACACCGGAUAAUAAGCGCAAGAAUAGCGAGGACGACAGCGCGAAAAGCAACAAGAAACAAACCGCGACGCGUCAAGCUUCCUUGCUGUCCAUGUUCAAACCCGUGGCUACUGCAGAAAAACCAUCGUCGGUAUCCUCAGAAAAGACAGAGAACACGGACACGUUGACUGUGGCUCGCAAUCCAGAAGAUCUUUUCCGUAAGCUCGAUCCGGAACUGCGUUCAUUGUUGGAUUUGGAAAUCAAUACCUUGCAGUACGAAUGGCUCAAGGCCUUGAAGCCCGAAUUAACCAAGCCAUACUUCUUGCAGCUUAAGCGAUUCUUGAAGAAAGAGAAUGAAGCCAAAGUCACCAUUUAUCCUGCAGCCAACCAAAUUUACAGCUGGUCCAAUUUUACACCCCCUAACAAAGUGAAGGUCGUCAUUCUUGGUCAAGAUCCAUACCACAACGUCAAUCAAGCACACGGUCUAAGCUUUUCCGUACUCAAAGGUGUAAAUACCCCUCCGUCACUAGUGAAUAUCUACGAGGCAUUGCGUCGUGACUAUCCUGAUUUCAAGAAGCCGAACCACGGCUACCUGGCGAAAUGGGCGGAACAAGGAGUGAUGAUGUUAAAUGCAUCUUUGACGGUGGAAGCGCAUAAAGCAGGCAGUCAUUCAAAGAAAGGGUGGGAACCGUUUACAGAUGCGGUGAUCAAAUACUUGAAUGAGCAUAAAGCUCACAUUGUUUUCCUCCUGUGGGGUGCGCAUGCUCAAAAGAAGGGCGCAGGAAUCAAUAAAGCCAAACAUCUUGUCUUACGAUCGGUGCACCCUUCGCCAUUAUCGGCUCAUCGUGGAUUCCUUGAUUGCCAUCAUUUCAAGCAGGCAAAUGAUUAUUUGAUAAAGAAUGGACAGCAACCGAUUGAUUGGAAUUGUUUAGCUGAUUCCUGAUCGUCUCUUUCUUCUUUUUUUCUCUGUAUUCUCAUUUAUUGAUUCUUUAUCGUUUUUUCACGAUUCAUCGUACUCACAAUUACAUUUGGUUUUCUUUUUAUUACGUCUUCGUUUCCUUGGUAAUAUAUUCAUGUACGUCGUUUCCCUAAAUUUCUAUUGAUAUUCCCUUGCUUCAAGCAGAUUCCUGUAACCUUCUGCCGCGGGAAUUCAGGCGAAAAAAAUAAACAGUGGGAUGAAAAAAAGCCCCAAAAAACAGAAUAGAAAAAUAAUUUUUAAGGGCAUAAAUUUCCGAGAUGACCAUACGUUGAAUUUUGCAUGGAC